AUGGAUAUUGCCCAUUUAGCUGUGCAGAAGGGACUAUCUCCUUUGCUGACGGGCUUUCUCUUCCUGGCUGGUAGCUUUUGUCAUCCCGAUGCAAGACCAGCAGAAUACAAGGAUCGGAUUCUAAGCGUAGAUAAAAUUAAUGAUGCGCCGGGGCUGACUCGGACAUCCAUUGAUUAUUUUGCUGCUAAAUACGGCGCCCCGCCUGAGGAUAAGCGUCUUUCAUCGCUACUCUUCGAGUCUCAUGCCAAUCUGGCGCCUAAGGCUAUAUUUUAUGUUUGUGGGUGGGACCCUAGACGGGAUGAGGCUUUAUUGUUUGGGAACUAUUGGAGAAAGAGGGAGUUGCGGUGA